UCUGUUGCUAGUAAAAGAGAAAUUCAAUAUUUAGUGCUUUAGACUCGUAAUGGUCACAUCAUGUGAGCCAGUUCACAACCGCUUUUGUAUCUUGUUCUUUUUAGUUCGAGUAUCUUUGUCGUGAUCGUAACGUGAAAAUUCUUUCGAUUCGUUGUACGUCGUCGGUGCGGUCGGUUUUCUUCCUCGUAUUUGGCAUGUUUUAACUUGAGACUCGAAUUCGUUUUCGAUUUUCCUUAUUGUACCUAAUUUGUAUUUACGAACGUCUUCGUCGUGGUCAUUGUCGACUUCGUAAAAGUAGGUAAUACCUAUUUUUUGGUUCAUUGUCGUCGUUCGUGGAUUUGUCGAUGAUUCUUGAUAACGUUUUGUACAUGUCAACUUUUUGUCGGAAGUUUUUAUCGCGAUCGAUUUCUGAGUCGAAGUAGUGGUUCGUACGUUCGUACUUUUUUCGCACUUUUUCGUGUGAUUUUCGAUAAUCGUAACUAAUAUUCUCGCGCUUCUUCAGUAAUCUCGCCGAGUUGCCAUUGUUUUUUACCUUACCUGAGACUGGGAGCAAUUUCGCAUCAGGACACCGCCAACAUCAGUAACACAAGCCGCAUCUCGAGGAUCCAGCUUUCAUUCGUGAUUCGUUUAAAAGACUUGGAGAGCAUAAUGGCGAAGAAUUUGGAAUGGUUUCAACACAAUUUCAGUAACAUUUCGGUGGAUGUUGAUCGUGUAAAAUAUCUGGAAGAAUUACAAAUCGCUCUAAGCACUUCUAGAAAACAAGAUCUAACUGCCAUUGUUGCAAACUUACAGUUGGGAGUAGUAUUCGACUGCUUGAAUACCACCGAUAAAUCUCAGAUUGAAUUAACCAUCGCAGUAUUGAAAAAAUUACUUCCGGUGCUAGAUCCUUGUGAUGUAAUUAAACUGUACGGUGUUCAUCUUGGACGUGCUUUAGAGCACCCUGAAAUUGAAGCUAAGAAGCUGGUGAUCAGCGAACUUAACAGAGCAGCUAAAAACCAUAGCGUGUUGGCUUUGAUCUGUAACGAAACACCUCUGUUGUUAUCAGUGAUCGAUUGCGUUAAAGCCGAAGAUUUAUCUCUCGCUACUGUCGCUGCUAAUUUCCUCGAAGAGCUGGGCAAAAUUCUAGACGGUAUUCGAGUAUUAUUUCAUCCGGUGCUGUUAGAUGUUCUGAAAAAGUCGAGCGAAGAAAGCGAUAUUGUGAGAUUUCGUAUUUACGAAAUAAUUGUGAAAAUUUCAAUUGCUUCGAUUCAAGGGUUAGAAGCUAGUGCCAAUAGCGGUUUACUGAUCAAUUUAUUGAACGAGCUUCAGAGUGGCGAUAUUCUAUUACAAUUAACUUCUUUGGAGACUGUUACGAAACUAGCUUUAUGUGAUCAUGGAUUGCGAUUUUUGAAAGAGAAAGGACUUUUAAAUUAUGCUCAAGAGCAAUUGGCGAAUAGCGAAUCUACAAAUAAUCUUCUGUUGACUGGUUUCAUUAAAUUUUUUGGUAACGUUGCGCAAACUAAACCGGAAGAAGUUUUCUUAGAAUAUCCGUCGGUUUUGAAUUUAGUAUUCAAUCUUUGCGAUUCGAAUGAUCCUAUUCUUUCUAACAUUGCGUUAGAAACGGUUGGAUUUAUUGCAUCUAAUCCUGAAGGCAAAAAAGCCUUGAAUCAGCGUCAUUCCGAAAUGCAAAACGUUAUGAAAAUUAUCGAACGAACGAUUGCAACACAACCCACUGAGAGAAAAGUCGUCGCUUUGAAUGUUCUGAGUAAUAUCUUACAGCUUGAUGUUUCUGUUCAAACGCCCGAACUUUUGCUUCUAACCAAGAAUUACUAUUUGCAAAUUUCGCAAAAUCCGAUGAAAACACUGAAGACUAUUUGCGAGAAACCGUUCACCGAAUUAAAACUAGCCGGUUUAACGACUCUGAGUAAAAUCGUUGUGCAGCCGUGGGGCUUGGAAGAAGUGAAAAAAUGCUCCGGUCUGAUCGAGUAUUUCCUAGAUCGUAACGAAGAAAGCGACAUGAAUUGCAAAACUAUCAAAUAUAAUCUUGUACAAAUAAUCGCUGAACAUCCGUUAGCCAGGAGUAUCUUCGGCUCUGAUAUCAUUUCCAAAUUCCAAUUACACGUCAAACAAGGUAUCUGUUACGUUCAAUCCAAAACUGAGGUAAUGUUCGAAGCAACGUAAGGUUGUUCUUUAUACAUACGAUGAAACUCUUUAUUAUCUAUGAUGAAACAUUUUUAUUGUAAUUCUUUUUUCUAAAUAAAAAUUUGCGAUUA